GUUGCGACCUGCGAUUGUGCCAGUCUCAUCUCCAUCGUCACCAAAUGUCUUCCCCCGGGCGCGCCACGGCCUCCCUGGCUGGCCUUCCUCCCGAGGUGCAGCACACGAUAUGUGCCCAGCUGUGCUGCCACUGCUGCAAUGCCAUGCCCGAAAACACGCGCAAGCAUGUCACGAACCGCCGCGCGUUGAUGGCCUUGUCGGCCACGUCGAAGCAGAUGAAGGCCGUCGCACAGCCCUUCGUAUUCCACUACGUGCCCGGAAGCCUUUCAGGUCGCCAUCUCCAUCUGUGGCCCUUCAUUCGCACCAUUCACGCCCGGCCGGAUCUCGCAUCAGCGGUCAAAUGGCUGGGAUGCAACACGGACCGACCCUUCGACGACGCCGGCGCGAUUCGACGUUGCAAGGAAAUCGGUCGGAGCCUCCAGCUGUCCUUGGACGGAGAUCCCAGUUUCAGCGUCUUUACCGACCGUGUCACUGCCAUCUCGCUGACCCAAAACUGCGACCCCUGGCUCAUCGACCAGUUCGUGAAUGAAGUCGUCAUCUCCAUGUUGACUGGACUCGAGAUGCUUGAGCUCGCCGUCUACGCGGACACAUACGACAAAAAAGUCUUCGAACCAGGUUGCGUGUUCCUGGCCAGUCGGUUCAAGCGACUGGAGAAAACACCCGGACUCGCCAGUCUUCGGGCGCUCAAGUUCAACAUUGGCCACUAUCGAGUCGCCGCGCCCGGCAUUUCCGUUCUCCUCAACGCCGCACCCAACCUCGAGCAGCUGCUUUUCAAGUCUUGUAGCGGAUUCUGGCACAGGAAUUACCCAGAUUUCCGUGACGAACCACUUGAGUUGCCUGAAGCGCGGGAUAUUCGGGCACUGGUGCCCAUCAUGCACAAUCUGCGGAGUCUCUCGUUCGACAGCUCUGUGCUCCGUGACGACGACGAGUACUCAGACUUUGAGUCUCUCAGAGGCUUGAUCGAACGAUGUCCCCGCCUUGAGCAUUUUACGUUCAAAGCUUUCCGCCCCCUUGACGAUAUCGACAGAACCGAUAUACAACAUCACCGACUCGUCUCGGCGUUGUUGCCCGCUCGAGAGACUCUGAAGGUCCUGGACUUGUACAUUGGAAGCAUACUGGAAAGAUACACCGGGGCAUAUGUUGACAAUUUUACGGGGGAAAUUAUUGAGGCAGCCACUCCGGUAGAUCUUGGACCAUUACUGGCACAGUUUCGACGCCUAGAAGUGCUCAAGCUGGACGAGGCAGCUUUUUGUCGGCAUCAAAACGACGUCGACCUUGCCGACCCUUUCGCCAUGCCAGGCGAUCAAGACAAAGCAAAAGAGGGAGAAGAGUCAACCUGCAUCACCGACCUACUCCCGCUCGGCGUGAAGAGACUUAGCGUCCGACUCGUGCGUGGAUCUCGCGCUUGGGAUGAUGUCGCCUAUCUGGCCACGGCCGUCAGGAACGGCGAUUUCCCCGCGCUGUCCGCGGUUCGAGUCGAUGCGCAGCCCACCCAGCCGUAUGUCAUGCGAGACCCGGGUGAAUGGUCCUCGAUCUGCGAAAAGACAGAGCAGGACAUCAAGCGGCUUCGGCACGCUUUCAAGGGUGUUGGUGUAUCUCUUGAGACUCGUGCCCUAUCGGAGUGGGACCUAUACGAGCUGGAUAAAAUGGACGAGGAACCCGUUUUUCCUGACCGGGAGCCAUUGAAUGAGGUCCUAUCCGACUUUUGCUAGACAACUAUGAUGAUGGCGGCGCGCAGAAACGUGUAUUGUCGCAGAGUUACCGAUAAAUUCCGUAUGUCAUGAGGCGGAUAGGAAAUUCGAGAAAGAAAUCCACGGUUGCCGCAUUCCACCUUUUCCGGAUAGAAAUCCGAGCGGGUGAUAUGUACAAGAAAAGGUUGGGGCAUCGUAUCGACCCAUUCCGCUCAGAA